UCCUCGCAGGCAUACAAGCUGCCUCCAUCACACACUUGCGCGAACUUCCAAGAAAUACCUACCUCAAACUUCAAACUUCACACUUCACGGAGGCUUAAAAUUUCAUUCUCUAAGCCACCUGACUUCUUUUUCAUAUCAUUCCCAGUUAUUUAGAUUAAAAUAUCUAUUCGGGGAGACGGAGGUGGAGUAAGUGUCCCACGCACAGUUAUCUACAGCUACAACAUGUGUUUUCUCGGAGUGGAUUUGAAGGGGGGCGGCAAGAAAACCAGAAGCCCGCCAGGCAGAUCUGCCACCGCCUCCGGAACCAGGCUGGACUCUCCGAGAGGGGGACGCAUCCUGAGGCUCCGCGUCCGGCCGAGCUGCCGCUCUCCGGCCCCUCUCCCCUCCACUCCCCCUCCGCGCCGGCAGCGGGACGUCCUCCUCCCGCUCCUCCUCCCGCUCCCCUCCCCAGCCGAGUUCAGAAACCCGCCCCGGCCGGGCAGCCUCCGCUCCCGGCAGCCUGCGCCCUCUCGGGCUCCGCUCUGGGCUCUUCCUCCCCGGCCCCGCAGUCUCAGCUCCGAGAAACUCAUCCCGGAGCUCCCCGGAAGGGCGGGAGUGGACGGCGCUGGGGGCUGGCACUGGGGCCCGGCCCUGGGCUCCUGCCCCUGGCCCCCUCCAACUCCCCAACAGGUAGCUCACUCGGGCCGCGAGCUCUCUCUCUGCCUCCCUCGCUCUAGAUCGCUCGCUCCUUCCCGGUUACCUGGGCGGACUCCAGGAUGGUACCGCACGGCAGGGCUCCUUGUGCGCUGCGCCGCGGGAGUAAAUGGCAUUAAAGAAAAAGGGAAACACACAAAUAAAAAAAAAUAA